UUUCUGAUUGGCUCCGACGGGAACUUCUUUACGGCCUCUCCAGACCGCCCCCCUCCCGUGCUGAAGCAACGAUCAUGGAGACAGCAGGCAAAGUGAUCAAGUGCAAGGCAGCUGUUGCCUGGGAACCUGGAAAGCCUCUCUCCAUUGAAGAGGUGGAGGUUGGUCCACCUAAGGCCCAUGAAGUUCGGAUUAAGGUCUUUGCAACAGGAGUGUGUCAUACAGAUGCCUACACUCUGAGUGGCAGCGACCCUGAAGGACUUUUCCCCGUCAUCUUGGGACAUGAGGGUGCUGGAACAGUUGAGAGCGUUGGUGAAGGUGUCACUAAAUUUAAGCCAGGUGAUACUGUCAUCCCGUUGUAUGUGCCUCAGUGUGGAGAAUGCAAAUUCUGCAAAAAUCCUAAGACCAACCUCUGCCAAAAAAUCCGAGUAACCCAGGGUCAGGGGCUACUCCCUGACAAAACUUCUCGCUUCACCUGCAAGGGAAAGCAAGUGUUUCACUUCAUGGGGACCAGCACCUUCUCUGAGUACACUGUGGUGGCUGACAUCUCACUGGCUAAAGUUAACGAGCAUGCUCCGCUGGAUAAAGUGUGCCUCCUUGGUUGUGGUAUUUCUACAGGCUAUGGUGCUGCUCUAAACACUGCAAAGGUUGAGCCUGGUUCCACAUGUGCCGUAUUUGGACUUGGAGCUGUUGGGUUGGCUGUUAUUAUGGGUUGCAAGGUUGCUGGAGCAACCAGGAUCAUUGGUGUGGACAUCAACCCUGAUAAAUUUGAGAAAGCCAAGGAGUUUGGUGCCAAUGAAUUUGUGAAUCCAAAAGACCACAGCAAGCCCAUCCAGGAAGUCCUGGUGGAGAUGACUGACGGGGGUGUGGACUAUUCAUUUGAGUGCAUUGGAAAUGUACAAAUAAUGAGAGCGGCUCUUGAGGCAUGCCACAAAGGUUGGGGUGAAAGUGUCAUCAUUGGUGUAGCUGGAGCAGGACAGGAGAUCUCCACCAGACCAUUCCAGCUAGUCACAGGCCGGGUGUGGAGAGGCACAGCCUUCGGAGGCUGGAAGAGUGUGGAGAGUGUUCCUAAACUGGUGGAGGACUACAUGAGCAAGAAGCUGAAGGUGGAUGAGUUUGUAACCCACACUCUGCCUUUUGAGAAGAUCAAUGAGGGAUUUGACCUCAUGCAUGCUGGAAAGAGUAUCCGCACAGUACUGACUUUCUGAUGUACCUGAAACAACCACAUCACAUCUGGCCUUCAAACAGCUCCAUCCAUACUUGCAACACUUAUUUUUGUGCACUUAUCUUUAAUAGUAUACAUUCAAUGUUUAGAAAAAAAAAGUUUAAUAGCAGAACAUCUGUUUGAAACUUUCUAAACCCUGUUAUUAAAAGAAACUCAUUUCU